AUGGGCUUCAGUCACUCAUCUGAGCUGUGUGCCACAUCCUGGGCCACUUGGGAUCAGCAGCAGGACUUCAUUGAUUUAAUGAUUAAUUCCACUCCAGAGGAGAAUUCUAAGGAAGCAGCCAGGGAAAUGGUACUAGGAAUGAAAGAGAUGACAGCUUUUGACUUCCUGAACAGAUGGACAGCAAACAAACUUGACGCUGUUGUUGUAAGUGUAGACUAUAGACUAGCUCCUCAACACCACUUUCCUGCUGCAUUUGAAGAUGCCAUUGGUGUAGUCAGAUUUUUUCUACAGGAUAAAAUCCUUACAAAAUAUGGAGUGGAUCCCACCCGAAUCUGUAUUUCAGGUGACAGUGCUGGGGGAAGUUUAGCAGCAGCAGUAACUCAACAGAUACAGAAUGAUCCUGAAAUAAAACAUAAAAUAAAGAUGCAAGCUUUACUUUACCCAUCCUUACAGUUAAUUGAUGCCUAUUUACCAUCUCACCAAAGAGAUGAAUAUGAUAUAAUUCUGACCAGGGAUGUAGCCAUAAAAUUUGCAAGUUUAUAUUUCACCAAAGAUGAAGUACUUCUUCAGGCCAUGAGAAGAAACCAAUACAUGCCUCUGGAGUCAAGACAUCUAUUUAAGUUUGCUAACUGGAGUGUUCUUCUCCCUGAGAAGUAUAGGAAGGGUCAUGUUUAUACUGAACCAGUUCUUGGAAGACUUGGCUAUUCAUUACCAGCACUUAUGGACGAAAGAGCAUCACCCUUGUUGGUCAAUGAUUCUUGGUUACAGAAUUUGCCACUAACCUAUGUUCUUACCUGUCAAUAUGAUAUUUUAAGAGAUGAUGGACUUAUGUUUGUUUCAAGACUUCAAAAUGUUGGCGUUCAAGUUGCUCAUGACCAUAUUGAGAAUGGAGUUCAUGCGGCUUUAUCAUUUAUGACAACACCAAUUUAUUUACGUCUAGGUCUUAGAAUAAAAGAUAUGUAUAUUAGUUGUCUGGAUAAGAAUUUAUAA